CGGAGGCCGUUGAGCGGGGCCCGCCGGGUGCUCGCGGUACGCAAAUUGCGUACCGUUGGCGGUUGCUAAGGGCCGGCGUUGGGGGAGGGGGGCACGCGGCCGCCACCGGGCCCUGAGGGGCCCCGGGCCCCCCCCGUCCUCCCCGCCGCGGGGCCCGGCGGGCCGGGGGGGCCCCAACCCCUCGGGGACCCCCUGAGGCGGCCCCCCCCGGAGCUCCCCCGAGGGCCAUGGCGUCGCCGCCGGCCCCCCCGGCCAAGAAGCGCAAGAUGAACUUCUCGGAGCGCGAGGUGGAGAUCAUCGUGGAGGAGCUGGAGCGCGGCAAGCACCUGCUGGUGAACCACUUCAACGCCGGCGUGCCGCUGGCCGCCAAGGCCGCCGCCUGGCACGACAUCCUGCGCCGCGUCAACGCCGUGGCCACCUGCCGCCGCGAGCUGCCCGAGGUCAAGAAGAAGUGGUCGGACCUCAAGACCGAGGUGCGCCGCAAGGUGGCCCAGGUGCGGGCCGCCAUGGAGGGCGGAGGCGAGAGCCAGGGCAACGGCGGCGGCGGCACGGAGGGCGAGGACGCGGCGGGAGCGGCGGCCGCGCCCGUCAUCCUCACGCCCAUGCAGCAGCGCAUCUGCAACCUGCUGGGAGAGGCCACCAUCAUCAGCCUGCCCGGCGGGGAGUGCGGCGCGGGUGACGGGAGCGAGAUCCCCAUCACCGCCGCGGCCGCCACCGUCACGCUGACGCAGAUUCCUGCAGAGACGACCUACCACAGCCUGGAGGAUGGGGUCGUGGAGUACUGCACGACAGAAGCCCCCACGACGGUUACGGCGGAGGCGCCCUUGGAGAUGAUGGCGCAUCAGCACGAAGUAUCCGCGAAACCCCAGGAGCUGAAAAGCCGAAUCGCUCUGAACUCAGCCAAGCUCCUGCAGGAGCAGCGAGUGACCAACUUACACGUGAAGGAGAUUGCCCAGCACCUGGAGCAGCAGAAUGACUUGCUGCAGAUGAUCCGUCGCUCCCAGGAGGUGCAGGCGUGCGCGCAGGAGCGACAGGCGCAAGCCAUGGAGGGAACGCAGGCCGCGCUCAGCGCCCUCAUCCAGGUCCUCCGCCCCAUGAUUAAGGACUUCCGUCGAUUUUUGCAGAGCAAUACGCCCAGCCCUUCGGUGACCGCUGACCCCAGCCAGCCUGGGCAGCAAGAUGGCAUUAUCCAGUGAAAGAAACAAUGAUGGGACUUCUUUCUUGGGGAAAAAAAAAAAAAAAACUGCCUCUGCUGCCACUGGGCCCGGAGCGAGGGGGUGCCAGCUCUUGUCAAUGUGAAACGGCUCGCCUCGGAGGCUGGCCGAGCCCAGGCAGCUUUCUUUCUUCUCCGCUAAUCUUAUGCUAAGCUGCCUUUUCAGACUCAUCGUGCGGAGGGGUAGCCGGAUGUGUAAUAAGGCAGGAAUGUAACAUUGGUUGCUUUAGUUCCCCAGAACAAUAGAUUUGUUUAAAAAACAAAUAGAAAAGACGAUAAUUAUUUUUUUAUUUGUUUGAAAAACUCUCCUAAGUACGAUACCUCUCUUCCUCCCCCCCUCUCCCUUUCUCUCUCUUGCCUUUAGCUGGCGUGUACCAUGGAGAGCCUUGUUGUUAUAUCGCAGUGCUGAACCUGCCAAGGUACAGUUAUGGUAAACUGUGGUGCGUGGAGGGGGUGCGUUUCUGUCUCUUGCUGAAAGCAUUUACUGGAAACGUGGUACCAGCGGCGGUUCAGCCUUCUCUCCGCACUGAGAACUGGUGGAUGCUGCUCUCGGGGCACGAAAUUCAGCCCACGCAGACUAGCAUCAAGCCUACAUGUAGUUUAAAUCCCACCCACGUCCCCUUAGGAUAUAAAUGGGGGUUAAAAGAGUGCAUUCACCUCGCGUUCUGUCUGUGUGUGGCCAUGAGAUUUCACUUUAAACUUAGUAGAGAUGACAAUGCCAUGCCUUGGUUACCAGACGCUGUCCUGGGGCGCGUAUCGGAGGCAGUUGCCUGUCACACGUGGUUAAUACACACGGGCACACACAGGUCUCACUCAGGUGGGCUUACAGGCGAAGCUCCAUCUCUGUCUCGCCACGCAGGGUCUGUCACCUCCCUGAUACGUUCAUCCAUCAAAGUGGGCCUGGACUAGAGAGCUGCAGCCACGCCGUAAUUCCCAGCCCUGAGGAGUCUGUCAGCCACUCAUUUAGCGAGGUUUGGAGCGUUAAUUGGGUCUGGUGGUGGUAUUUGUUCCGUACUUUUCAGAGCUGGAGGCAGGUGCAGCAGCUCCUCGGUCGUCUGCUAACAGGUUAGUUAGCCAGGUUAGUUUCCUGGCUUUGACCGGUGGUUUGAGAGACGGGUGUGAGGCUCACCUCACCCAUUCUCCUACAGUUACACGGGGUUACACAGCGUUCGCAGCCGCUGCUCUCUCAGUUCAGGCUGCUGGGCUCGGUCCUCACUGAGCAAGCUCGGUUCACAGGGCGGUAAAUGAGGUUUGUACAGACUCGGAGUAGCUUCAUGACCUUUUAGACAGAAAGCUCCACGUGUACAUGCAUGGAAGCAAACUCCAAAAAUAAAAAGAAGGAAGCAGAACUCUUUUCCCCAUACCUUGCAGAGCGUUUCACGUUUAAUAGGCUUGGUGCUUGCCAGAUGCUACUUUUGAAACUGAACCUUUUCAGAGCUGGUAUUUGCUUGCUGUUACGUCUCCUUCGGGGCUGAGAAGUGGUGAACAAAGACUGACGAGGGAGUGAAUUUGCACAAUCAAACGAAACCUCUACGUGUUUUAUGGUGGGAUGCCGAUGGGGUGCCCCGGUUGGAGGAGGAGGCGAACAGGCUCCUGCUGCCUGCCCCUGGCCUUUAGCGAUCUCCUCUCAUCUGCAAGUCCGAUGGCGGAGAGAAGAACAACGCAGUCCCAAGGCUUUGGCCCCGGGAGGACUCCUGACCCUCUGACACCGACAGCUCUGCGCUGAGUCAGGGCGGCAUCAGCGGCGCCUUCCCACCUUGUCGGGCACCCGGCCGCGUGAGUAACGCUCGCCUGACUCCUCUCAGACUUGGUGGAGUCAAAUCAAUUGCUCAACUGAAAGCUAUUUUUAAAGCGAAAAGCUCUGCCCUGCGUGUUGUUUUACCUCAUUUGUGUAAUGAUCUCCCCUUUGCAAAUAUAAAUUUUAAUAAAAAAAAUACGGUUUUUGGUAAAGAGGCUGUUUCGGUCCGUCGGCACGCUGCGGGGAAAGGCGAGUCCGUGCAACCACGUUAGCAGCACAGCGGGCUCAGUGAGAAACAGCCAAAGCAAGCUGUAAACAGCCACGUGUCACGGUAGGUUUUUUCCUCGUUUAUGAACUUUGUGGCCUUGUAUUUGCAUAAUUGUGGCCUUUUUUUUUUGUAUCCAAACAGUAGCUUUUACAGCCUUACCUCGCAGCGCUGGUUACUUCACCGCGUGUGCCAGAUUCCCGAAGGAUACCGAUCUCCCAGCUGCUCCGAACAUGGUACAACAGCCCAAGACGAGGGAUGAGGUGCCGGCCUUCCGCCUGAAAUUGCAGCGCUGGUCCUGGCAGUGACUAAGCGCUGAAGCUGUGUUACUGUUUCACAGGAGUAAAGGCGCUGCCCUCAGAACCA